UGGAAGCACCCUCCUGGAUGACACACAAAGCCAGCAGCAGCGUUGUAGGAUGGGAUUACAGUAAUAAUUACACGCAAUGAGGAUGUGCAGACAGCGCCAGGGGACAGGAACAUAAGAAAGAAAGCUCCUGUGGCCGUAGUGAUGUACUGUAGGAAGCAGCUCUCUUCUCUUCAGUGUGGUCACAUGUACCGGAGCUGUCCUUCAGCACCACGCACUGCCUGUCCCCGCACCUACAGUACAGUAUACUCGGACCAGUCUUAUCCAUAUUACGGAGAGUUGUUAUCUAGGAAGCACGGACUGACACAUCUCAAAUUUAGACAGAACAAGGAGUAUCAUUGCUGUGUGGGGUAUCUAUAUGGCUCUAUGUAAUAUGGAAAUCUACUGUACGUUGUCCGCUGUUUCUAAUAACUUAUAUGUUCUACACUUUGUAUAUAACGCUUGUAUCACUCAGUAUUAGAAUACAAUGCCACCGCCUAUUGUAUAAUAAUGUUCUGUACCAGGUCAGUGUUUGCAUUUUUCACCUGUGAUUAUUAUAUUAUUCUUGAAACUAUUUAAUUUUUAUUUAAUUAUUUUUUUAAUUCCUAUUUGUUUAUAUCCCUGAUGAUACAAUGAGUAGUUGUUAGAUAUUUGCUACAUGCAAUUGUAAAGACUACAGCAGCUGGAGCACAUACAUCUGAUAACCCAAACAUGGAUUAUAAAUAUGGAUAUCAAAAUAUGUACCGUAUCGUUACUGGAGUGUGAUCAUAGACUGUACAGUAGUUUUGUAUCUGAUGUCAUACACAAAGCCAAUUAGCUCCUGACUUUACUGUGCUAGCUCUCCAAUCUCUGCGAAAGGAUCUCUCGCACAUCAAAGUGCAUUGCCCGAUGCAGUCGCUCAACAUCACCCCCGAGCUGAUCGCCCGACUCCUACAUGAGAAUAACGUUACCAGGGAGCAGUUUAUUGAGCUGUACCAGCUGCAGCCCCUGGUCUACAUCCCCGAACUCCCUGUUCGCACUAAGAUUGCCUUUGUUACUAUAUGUGUGGUCAUCUUCGUGCUGGCUCUGUUUGGAAACUCUUUGGUCCUUUAUGUGGUGACCAGGAGCAAAGCUAUGAGGACAGUCACCAACAUUUUCAUCUGCUCCCUGGCUCUCAGCGACCUGCUCAUUGCUUUCUUCUGUAUCCCGUUCACUAUGCUGCAGAACAUCUCGUCCAAUUGGCUGGGAGGUGCCUUUGCUUGCAAAAUGGUUCCAUUUGUUCAGUCUACUGCCAUUGUUACUGAAAUCCUCACAAUGACAUGCAUUGCUGUGGAACGACACCAAGGAAUCAUACAUCCUUUAAAAAUGAAAUGGCAAUACACAAAUAGAAGGGCAUUCACAAUGUUAGGUAUUGUGUGGCUAAUAGCAGCAUUUGUUGGUGUUCCAAUGUGGCAUGUACAAAGAUUGGAGAUCAAAUAUGACUUUUUAUAUGAAAAACAGUACGUUUGCUGCUUAGAAAAAUGGACCAGCCAUGUACACCAAAAAAUAUACACAACCUUUAUCCUACUGAUCCUAUUUCUCCUUCCAUUAACACUGAUGCUUCUGCUGUACAGUAAAAUUGGCUAUGAACUCUGGAUUAAGAAACGAGUUGGAGAUGCUUCAGUCCUGCAAACCAUCCAUGGAAAUGAGAUGUCUAAAAUAUCCAGGCGGAAAAAGCGAGCAAUCAUUAUGAUGAUAACAGUGGUUGUCCUGUUUGCAGUCUGCUGGGCACCGUUUCACGUUGUGCACAUGAUGAUAGAAUACAGUAAUUUUGAAAAUGAAUAUGAUGAUGUCACAAUCAAGAUAAUAUUUGCAGUAGCGCAAAUAAUUGGAUUUUUUAAUUCCAUUUGCAAUCCCAUUGUUUAUGCCUUUAUGAAUGAAAACUUUAAGAAAAACUUUUUGUCUGCUAUUUGUUUUUGUUUCAUGAAAGACUCUUCUUCUCCCUCAAGGAGACCAGGAAACUCAGGCAUCACUUUGACUCAUCAGAAAACAAGAGAUAAUACAGCAAGUGAAGAAACUAGGAGAGAAGCUUUUAGUGAUGGUAAUAUUGAGGUUAAAUUUUAUGAUCUGCCGGUUUCUAAAAAGACCACAAAAAGAAAUAUUAAUUUGUUUACAUCAGAACUCACUGUCAUUCUUGACCACAGCAAAGUCAAAAACACAAUUACUGUAUAAUUGGUAUCACGGAAACCAUCAAGUUAAAUUGUGAUCUUAGAUUUUCAGAGAGGAUUAUGAGCAGUGCUUUUUUUCCUUGAUGAUUUAUUUUCAACUGUUACCAUAAUUCAAAUUGAAUAGGACUUUAGCAUAUUUCUAUCACAAACUCUUGUCAAGGGGAGCAUUAGCUUUCUUGCAUUAUGAUAUUAAUUAUUUCAAAUUAUACCUGUGAAAUAAUUUGAAAGGGCGGCAUACAAAUCUGGUAAUGUGAAGUUUUUACUUUAUACAACAUUACAAUUUUUUAAUUAUUAUGUUUGACGGUAUAACAGGGAAGUGUAUCAAACCUUGAGGGGUAUUUAUCAGACAUGGAGAGAGAUAAAGUGGAGAUAUAUAAAGUACUAAAAUCAGCUUCUAACUCUCAUUUUAUAGGCUCUGUUUAAAAAAUUAGUUUACCUCUCUUCACUUGCUCUCUCUCCAUGCUUUAAUAAAUAACCCCCAUAAAGAGAGAUAAAAUGGAGAGAGAUAGAGUAGCUUCUAACUGUCAUUUUUCAAACAUUGCCUGUAAAAUGACAGUUAGAAUCUAAGGUUGGUGCUUUGUCUCUUUCAACUUUAUCUAUUACCAAAGUUUGAUGCAUCUCCCCUACAGUACAUCUGAGAUUAAUCAUUUCUUGGGAAAUUACAGAUGUGAAAUGAAAAUAAAUUUGUGUAAUAUAGAAGAUGUCUUCUCUCAAAUAUGUGUUACUGAAAAUUAAGUCUAAUGCUGGGUACACACGGGACGAUCUAGUCAACUAUUUUGGCUAGAUAGGUCGUUGAAUGAUAAUAUCAUAUCGUGUGUACAGGCUAGAUCAUUCACUAGGCACACUCCCAUGGGUAAACGGCAGAAUUGUUAAUAGACUGUAUGGCAAGGUUAAUUUUGACUAGAUCGUUCAUGAUCGUUCACUGUCUACACAGUGGGGUAUAUUCUUAAUAU